AAGUCCGGAAGUUGUGUGAUAGUUUUUGACACGGGGCACUGACUGAUUCCGCUUUGCCACGUUUCACUAAAUGACGUAAUCCCUCCGGUAGGGCUCGAYAGGUUCUGGUGCAGUAGCGGAACUCACUUAACGACAGGGAACAGAACUAGCCAGCCGGCUAGCACAGUUAGACACCAGUCCAAAGUCUCUGGAUUAGUUUUUACUUUACUGCUAAAUAGUCCGGUCAAUAAGAUUAUCGUAGGGUUAAACGAAGACGCGCGUUUGAGUUUGUUUUCGUUUUUCCUUUUCAUCCCAGCUGGCUAAUGUUAGCCGUUUCCUGGUUGAAGCUKCAGCCAUUUUGGAUUUUUGCGGAGAAAAUAGCUAGCCGGUCGCGGUUCGGGGAGCUCCACAAACUAGUCACCAGUCCGGUUUUCAUAACUACACAGCCAGCGUUGUUUACCUGUGAACGAAAGGAGAUAAAGCACACUACGAGUCAACUAUGAAUCCCGAAUAUGACUAUUUAUUCAAACUGCUCCUGAUUGGUGACUCAGGUGUUGGAAAGUCCUGUCUCCUUCUUCGAUUUGCAGAUGAUACAUACACAGAAAGUUACAUUAGCACUAUUGGUGUGGACUUCAAAAUACGAACCAUAGAACUAGAUGGAAAGACCAUUAAACUUCAAAUUUGGGACACAGCGGGACAGGAGAGGUUUCGUACAAUCACAUCCAGCUACUACAGAGGUGCUCAUGGUAUCAUUGUAGUGUACGAUGUCACAGACCAGGAGUCCUUCAACAAUGUCAAACAGUGGCUACAGGAGAUYGACCGCUACGCCAGUGAAAACGUCAACAAGUUAUUGGUUGGAAACAAGUGCGACUUGACAACAAAGAAGGUGGUGGAUUACACAACGGCAAAGGAGUUUGCUGACUCUCUGGGAAUUCCCUUUUUGGAAACCAGCGCCAAAAAUGCCACCAAUGUAGAGCAGGCCUUCAUGACCAUGGCUGCUGAAAUCAAGAAGAGGAUGGGCCCCGGGGCCACCGCCGGAGGAGGCGAGAAGCCCAACGUGAAGCUGACUCCAGGCACUACUGUCAAGACCUCAUCAGGAGGAUGCUGCUGAGAGAAAAACCACUUCACCCUUUCCACACCCGGGCCACCACCACCACCACCCCCAUCUAAAUGCCACUGUGUCCCAAAAAAAUAAAAUAAAAUAAAAUACCCCCCAACCCUCACCACAUGCGAGACCGGACAGGGAAGACUUGAUUUGUAUUUAUGUGAGAACAAGAUGAAGUCGCCUGUAUUUGUACUGUACAUAAUGUAGCCGCACUACCAAAAACAACUAAAGCAUCUUUCUAGUCACUGUCCUGGCAUUGAUGACAAAUUCUACUGAUAGUUGAUCAUUUGACCCCCACCUCCCCCUCCACACCAGUUCCCGUCCAGCCCAAACCUCUCGGAGACUCUUUAAUUUGGCCCUCUGAAUGCAAGUUCAUGACAACAUUGUGUUUAUGUGUGUGUGUGUAUGUGUGUAUGAGAGAAAGCGUGUGUGUUUUUUCUGCAUUCCUACAGCAGGGUUGGUAAGCCAAUCGGUUUCUUUCAGGUUUCUGUUCUCUCUUCUGUGACCUUUUGCUGUCUUUUUCAGCAUGUGUCCGUCUGUCUUCAUUUGAAGGUGUUUUUAAGUUUUUCUUACCAACCUCUGCACAACAUUGUCUCAGCUGUUCUAUAAAGUCAAGUGCAACAGUAUAUGUACAUAAACAUUAUGUAUAUAUAUGUAAAAUGGAGUUUGCCAGUUUUCUUGUUUGACACAUUAUUGGAUUGGUCUUGAAUCUUUGCAUUAAAUUUGUGGCUGAAGACAACUGUAAGUUUGUUGCUCAACAUGUAACACUUAAAUUGAAAAUAAAUAUUGUACUAUCAUA